AUGGAGUUUCUUCAAGAAUUCUAUGCAAGGGGUUUAGGAUACAGUUGUCUUAAUACUGCACGAAAUGCCCUAUCCUCCUUCAUAGUACUUGAUGGGAAUAUUACUGUUGGGAAUCACCCACUCGUUUAAAGGUUCUUAAAAGGAGUUUUCCACGUAAGGCCAGCUUUCCCUCGUUUUACUUCCACCUGGGACACUUCAAUAGUUCUUACUUACCUUAAAACACUUUCAGUCUUCGAAACCUUACCCGUAAACUUGCUAUGUUAUGUGCCUUAGUUAGAGGCCAGCGGUGUCAAACACUUCAUUUCAUGAAUUUAGAGCAAGUGUGCAGAAACCCUAAAACGUCCCACAUUUUUUGUAUUGAUCAGAUAGUUAAACAAUCUACCCCUAGCAGAGAACAGCCCAUUUUACUUAGACCUGGAGUCAUUGCUGAU